AUGAGAAAAUCCUUUAGGCCUAUUCAAAAGUAAUAGACUAAAAUAGGUUUGCUCAAAUAAGUACUAAGCAAGUCUAUUGGCCCUCAAAACAAAGAGUAAAAAAUCUAUAAGCCAGUCUAGGAAAAAGAAACUAGCGAAAAAUUUCUCUUGAUGUUUUGGCUAGCGAUACAUAUGGAAACUCUGGACAUAGCUAAGACUCUUUUAGAAUGUAGUGAAAUUCUUUAAAGAAUUGCAGUAAAUAUCCUAAAGAUUGCAAAGAUAAAGAAGAAUGAGAUUGAAAAGUCCUAACUCUAAAAUCUAACUAGAAGAAAUUCUAAGCCAAUAAUGAGUAGAUAAUCGAAGACUAUAAUUCAGGUCUCUCAUAUACCAACUAUACCUUUAUCUCCUUUGAUUAUCAAUAACAAAACUAUUGACGUAUCACUAGCUCCAAGUUAAACUUAGAAUGCAAACAAUACUUUGAAUACAAAAACUAAAUCAACAAAGUUUAAAAAAGAUGGGAAAUCAAGCCUGGGUUUAAGCGGACUCAAACUUAGUUAGAACUAGCCAGGGCUCUACACAGAAUCUGUUGGUAAUAGAGACGACCUUAAAAAAAGAUCAAGCAUAAAAGUUGGCAAUAAUCUCAACAUUUAAAACAAUUUGGCUACCAAGAAAACUCUUGAAUCAAGAUUCAUAUCUAGUGAUAUUGAUGUAAAUGGAGGUGCUUUUGAUAUUACGAUUAAAAGCUUUUUAAAAGCAGAAUUAGGAAAGACAUUCAAUACUUAGGUGCUAAAAAUAGCUUUAAAUGAAAGAGAGGAUAGAAUCGCAUCAGUCAUUUCAGCAUUCUAUGAUUAGACUAGAGUACCCUUGAAAAUGACUAUUUGUCAUAUAGUCUGCUAUUUUGAAAGAUGCUAAAAACUCAGAAACCGGAGGCUGAAGCAAUUAUUAGUUAAAUGGUUCUUUAUUGGGGUAUUGAAUCUGGUGGAGGAGAAAGUAUAUUACAAUCACUUCUUGAGAAUGAUCUAGAAGAUAUUGCCAUUAACCGAUUAAAUGCAGAUCUUAUAUUCUCAGUGCUUAUCUAUGCCAACUUCGAAUAAUGGGGAUUUUAAAAUUCUAGGUUAUCAAAUUCUAAGACAUCAAACCACUUAACUUAAAAAGAAAUUAAUAAAGCUUGGAAAGUAGCUAAUUGCUAACAUUGAUCUGGAUCAAAUUCACAAGAUCAUGCUAGAUGAAGACAUGAAGAAAAGAUCAGUUUUAAAUACAAUAAUCUAUAAUGAUUUUCAAGAAUUAACAUAGAAUGAGAAGAUUGACACCUUUUUAAAUGAGAUUUGGCAUGGGCAGUUUUUCUAUGAAUGUAAUGGCACAAUGCCUGAUUUUUCCAUUAUUGUACAUAUGAUUUUUCUGAUUCUGGCGCACAUAAUUCAAAGAAUACUUUUCAAAUUUCAUUUUAAGUUACCUUAAAGACAUCAAAUCUGGUUCUAUACCGACAUAAUCAUUAGUAUUAGUAGUUCUAGUGCUAUUUUAUUCCUAAAUCAGAUGACUGCUAUUGAAGUCUAAUAAUCUUCCUAGAAAUUCAAAUAUGACUGUGCUCUUGUUUUUGUUGUAGUUAUAACCUGGCUGAGAUUUUUCAACUAUUUUUUGUUAUCAACUCGAAUGGCAAAACUAAUUGUUACGCUGUAUUAAAUGAUAAUUGAUACAAUGAGUUUUACUGCAAUGAUAAUACUAGUACUGAUUAUUAGUGCAACGGCAUUUACCACUAGAUUUUCAGAAGUCAGUGAGCAUUUUGAAACUAUUUGGUCAUCAAUAAGAUAUCUUUUCGACUGCAUGGUCUCUAACUACCAGUUUGAAGAUUAUGGAAUCUUUCAAAGAUCUUUCUCGGUUUUUAUAAUGAUUUUCUUGUUCAUAACAAACAUUUUCUUACUGAAUUUUCUUGUAGCUAUAAUUGAUUCGAUAUACUAGUUUAUGCUCAAGGCUGGGGAGUUUUAAGCCAAGAAAUACAGAUUUUAUUUUUAUACUUCUAAAAAACAAGGAUUUGACUAUUCUCCCGAUGACUUAGAUAACAUGAUAAUGCAUCCUCCUCCUUUUAAUGCUUUAUCUAUUAUACUCAUAUUCUUGAUCCCAUUCCCAAAUUGUAGAAAAAAGGUAUCGCUGAUUAUCAAACUCUUUGAUUCGAAACUUUGGCUUUUGUUUUGUUUAAUUUUUUGGCUUUUCUUUGGACCAUUAUGCUUAUUGGCCUUCAUCUUGAUUGAUUAGAAAAAUAUGUUAAAGCUAUUCAAAAUGGAACAAUUAGAAGUUGAUGAGGAUGAGCUAAUGGUUUAAAAUGAUUUAUAUAAUUAAAUUCCAUUGAAUAGUAGAUCACAAAAAGAACUUUACAGAAGACUAAAGAUUUAUAAUGAGAUCAAACUUGUAAUAAAGACUACUUAUAGAGAGUGCUUAAAAAGAUAGAAAAUAACAAGACUGCAUCAAGUUUAGUAAUAAAAUUAAUAGAAGAAAGGGGAUUCGCAAGUUGAUUACUCAUAAGAUAUUUAAAGCGAUUUCAAUGAUAAUAAUUCAUACUAGCUUGAGGAUAGUGAGCGUAAGAGAUCUAGCUCAAGCAAGAGGAAAAGAGUGAGGCCUUAAAACAACUCAAGUGAUUUACCACCACUCUCAGGGCUAUAACUGGGCUAUAAUGAAAUUUAAAAAAAAAAUUAGGAUUAAUCUUUUUAAGAGAUGUACAAUAUCGAAGAUAAUAAUAAAAAUAGCUACUUUGAGAUACAUAAAAAGCUACUUUUUGACAUUUGGAAAAAAUAUCAUAAGAAAUUCAAAUAAGAAAUGAAGCAAUCUGGCAGCAAGUAAAACACCAAGUCAAGCAAUAACUUGAUAAAGCUAAUUGGUAGACGAAUGUAUAAUAAAUUCCUAAAUGAAAUAAAGAGGAAGAAGACAUCCCUUGGUUUUUCAAAGCAAAGAAUCCACAAGCUAUCAUCUAAGAAGAUUUACUCAAGUGAGACUAACAGAUUCUCAUUCAAAGCUUUUGAAAAGUUCUAAGGAAAUGAAAAAUUUUCAAAGUCUGAUAAACUUGCUUUAAGUUUUAUUGAAAAAUUCACUAUAUAUUCAAUGGGUGAUCAGUAGACAAUCAACUUAGAAUUAAUGCUACUUUCUUUACCAAAGAGGAUUGACUAAAAAAAUAUUUCGCUUGUGGAGAUGAUUAAUUUUGGAAUCGUAUAAAAAAGCAUUAUUUAGUUCUAGUAUAGUACAAUGGAGGAACUGUUCCUAUUUUAUGAUUUGAGAAGUCGUAAGAGAAUGAGUUAUUUACAAGCAACAAGUGAAUAUAAUUCCUCAAUGCUAGAAGAAGUUCUGGAAGGCUAUUAAGAGAUUAAGAAAAGAUUUGUAAAGGCUGCUAAAUUUGCCAAGAAAGUCGGGUUUAACAUAAAGUAGAUUGAUGAUGAGGCAGAAGAGUCAAGUAGCAGCAGUUCACAUGUGUUUUCAGAUUGA